UGUUGCUUCCGGCGGAAGUGUGUCAUGGUUGCUUCUCUCAAUCAUCGUCAUCGGACCAAACUUUCGCUUUUGUCGGGAAAACUAAACUGAUUAUGGCCACGUUUUUCGGUGAAGUUUUGUCGGAGUUUUCCCGGGCUGUGGAUGAUGAUGAGGAGGACCAGGAGGAAAACGAAGAGGACGAACAAAUCCGCAGAGAGCUGGAGGAAAAGAGGGAGGUUCAUCUGCACUGGAGCUCUGAAGUCACUGAACUGCUCCAGUCUGGAAACAAGUUGCAGUGUUCAGACUUCAUCCUCGCUGUGGGACACAAUGCUGCCAGGUUUCUGUCGGUGUACGCUCUCGCCUCUUCAAACUGGGAAGCAGUGGGGCAUGCAUCACUGUGGAAUGAGAGGAGCCGUGCUGUAACUGGUCCAACCAGCGAGGAGUCUGCAUGUGUUUUCCACAGACACAAGGAAACCCCAUCUGUUUUGAUAUGUCAGGUGAUUUGCUACGUUGCAGAAGACCAACUUUUUCAGUGGACAGAAAAGGUCUUUGACUGUCUUCAGCACAGAGAGCUGAAUGUGACAGUUUUGUCAGAUGGCUCUGUGGCUGAUUAUAAGACGGCAAACUAUCCGUGCACCAGCUCCGCCCCCUUCCUGCGCUCUCUCCACACUGAUGCGUUCCGUGGCCAGCCUGUCAGCCCGUCACUGGAGCAACCAAACAUAAUCACUGGCCUUCCAGCUGCAGUCCUGAACCACUGCCAAGUCCACGGCAUCGCCACUGUUGUUUACCAGUGUUACAGUGAUGUCAUCGGCCCCGACUCUGUCUCUAUGGAGACCUACAAGCCUGCACUUACCAAACUUAGGAAGUCCAUACAGUUGGACUCGUCUCGGAGUACAGACGUCCUCCGCAAGUUUGUCAAGACCACGGACAUUCAGAGUAAUCUCUAUAUCUGAGAAUGGCCAUGUUGCACACUGAGUGGUGCAGGUAACUUAUGUUUUUCUCUCAUAAAAUACUGUCAUUUUUUUAAAAUAAAGAAAUUAAGUAAACAAA